GCGGAGUUUGAGGGGGGGGGGGGGGGGGAGGGGGGAGAAGAUGUCGGGCUGCGAGGCCUGCGACGCCAAGAAGCUGGUGCGCUCGCCCAGCGGGCUGCGCAUGGUGCCCGAGCACCGCUCUGCCCGCAGCCCCUUCGGCUUGGACGAGCCGCCCUGGGUGCCUGACAAGGAGGUAUCGUGCCCAAGAUGUAUGCAGUGUGAUACAAAAUUUGACUUCAUAACUAGAAAGCAUCACUGCAGAAGGUGUGGAAAGUGUUUCUGUGACAAGUGCUGCAGUAAAAAAGUGCCUCUGCCUCGCAUGUGCUUUGUGGACCCUGUGCGGCAGUGUGCUGAAUGUGCCCUCAUCUCUCAGAAAGAAACAGAGUUUUAUGACAAACAGCUUAAAGUACUCAUGAAUGGUGCUACAUUCUUUGUAACUCUAGGAUCAUCUGACAAAUCUGAGCUCAUGGUUUGUCGACUUUCCAACAAUCAGAGAUAUCUGGUUUUGGAUGGAGACAGCCACUAUGAAAUUGAAAUUAUACAGAUUUCAACUGUUCAGAUACUUACAGAGGGAUUUACUCCUGGAGAAAAAGAUAUUCACACUUACACCAGCCUUCUGGAGAGCCAGCAUAUUACUGAAGGAGGUAAUACUCGUGCCAUAGGUAUGAUUCUGCAGUAUAAGGUACCAGGAUCAGAGGAGCUAACGCAGAUGAAAUUUACAGCUAGUGAAGACUUCAGCUGUAACAAGAAGCUGUCAGCAAGCUGGCUGGCAGCUAUGCAUAAGGCAACAAAACUUCUUUAUGAGUCCCGGGACCAGUAAGAACAGCCGCUUGAGGGAAGACACCAGCCUCCAUGGACCUGCCUCUCACUUUUUGCUAAUUUGACAGCUGGUAACAUUUGCUGUUCUUGACCCUUUCUCAUUCCAGUGUGGUUCAUUAUGUAAGAACUGGCAAAUGCAAUGUGAGUAUGAGUAUUCACUAUAGUGUGCAAUAUGUAUACAAUUAAUGCUUUAAACAGCCUCACCUUUUAAGACUUUGUAUAUUUUGUUAAGCCUUUAUUGGCACUUAAUAUGAAAGUGACCUGCACUACAGCUAAUGUACAGCACAACUUUUAUAGUAACAAUUAUAAAUACUGUUUGCUACAAAAAGCAAACAAAUGUGUAUGUCUCUUCUGCAGAGAAUAGCUUUUGGGUAUAGAUCUCAGGUUUUUCCCUCUAUCCAAAUGUUUAAAAUCGAUGUACAAUAAAAUCUGCCUUAGAUAUGAUUUUAUAGAAAUCACUUGGGUUUUAAACAUUUCAUUUUAAACAUAUAAAUACUUCACCAAAUACCACCAAAUUGGACUUACAUGAACAUGACCUUGAAACUUAACUUCUGUAAUAAAUAAGCUUCCAGAAUAAUUUUUAGUUUUGUAUUUUCUUUUUGGUAACUAGCUUUUGUUAAUCUAACUGUAAUGCUAGCUGAAAUUGUAUACAAUUUAAUGUACAAAUAUGAAUAAAUUAAUUCACUUAUUUAAAA